AACCAUCUUCUGGGGAGAGCCUACUUCUGUUUGUUGGAAGGGGACAAGAUGGACCAGGCUGAUGCUCAGUUCAACUUUGUGUUAGGCCAGUCCAGCAAUAACAUCCCAGCCUUGCUUGGUAAAGCCUGUAUUGCAUUCUACAAGAAAGACUACAGAGGAGCCCUGGCAUAUUAUAAGAAAGCCAUGAGAACCAACCCAAGGUGUCCUGCCUCUGUUCGCCUAGGCAUGGGCCAUUGCUUUGUAAAGUUAGGCAAAAUAGAAAAGGCUAGGGCUGCAUUUGAGCGGGCUUUGCAGUUAGACUCCCAGUGUGUGGGUGCUCUUGUUGGGCUUGCCAUUCUCGAAUUAAACACAAAGUCUACAGAAUCAAUAAAAAAUGGAGUCCAACUUCUCUCCAAGGCUUACACUAUUGAUUCUACAAACCCUAUGGUACUGAACCAUUUGGCUAAUCACUUCUUCUACAAAAAGGACUACCAGAAAGUGCAACAUCUUGCUCUGCAUGCCUUUCACAACACAGAAAAUGAAGCAAUGAGGGCUGAAAGUUGUUACCAGCUGGCACGUGCCUUCCAUGUACAGGAAGACUAUGACCAGGCUUUCCAGUAUUACUACCAGGCCACCCAGUUCUCUUCCCCUAACUUCACACUGCCUUUCUUUGGGCUUGGACAGAUGUACAUAUAUAGAGGAGACACUGAAAAUGCAUCCCAGUGUUUUGAGAAAGUCCUGAAGGCACAACCUGGAAACUAUGAGACCAUGAAGAUUCUGGGGUCACUAUAUGCCAACUCCACCCAACAGGAAAAGAGAGACAUUGCUAAGCAACAUUUGAAGAAAGUUACAGAGCAGUUCCCUGAUGAUGUAGAAGCCUGGAUAGAACUGGCACAAAUCAUGGAACAAUCUGAUAUUCAGGGUGCCCUGCAAGCCUAUGGGACUGCUACCAGGCUACUGAAGGAGAAGGUCGAGGCAGAUGUUCCUCCAGAAAUUCUGAACAAUGUUGCUGCCCUGCACUUCAGAUUGGGCAAUCUGCAGGAGGCCAGGAGAUACUAUGAAUCUUCCCUGGAAAGAUCCAAGAUGGAAGCCCAGAAUGAUGAGACCUACUACAGCGCUAUCUCUGUGACAACUACGUAUAACCUGGCCAGGCUGUAUGAGGCACUACAUGAGGAUGACAAAGCAGAGAGAUUGUACAAAAAUAUUCUCAGAGAACAUCCCAAUUAUGUAGACUGUUACCUGCGUCUCGGAUGUAUGGCUCGAGACAGAGGUCAGAUUUAUGAGGCAUCUGAUUGGUUCAAAGAGGCACUGCAGAUUAACCAGGAUCACCCAGAUGCCUGGUCACUGAUUGGUAACCUUCACCUUGCCAAAGCUGAGUGGGGACCUGGACAGAAGAAGUUUGAGAGAAUCCUGCAGAGACCUAGCACCAAAGAUGAUGCUUACUCCAUGAUUGCCCUGGGUAAUGUCUGGCUACAGACCCUGCAUCAGCCUAUGAGAGACAAAGAAAAGGAAAAGCGUCACCAGGACAGAGCCUUUGCCAUGUACAAAGCUGUCCUCAGAAAUGAUUCCAAGAAUAUCUGGGCUGCUAAUGGCAUUGGCUGUGUGUUAGCACAUAAGCAGUGUAUAAAUGAGGCCAGGGAUGUGUUUGCACAAGUGCGUGAAGCCACAGCGGAUUUCUCUGAUGUCUGGUUGAAUAUUGCUCACAUUUAUGUGGAGCAGAAGCAAUAUGUGUCAGCCGUCCAGAUGUAUGAGAACUGCCUGAAGAAGUUUUACAAACACCACAACACUGAAGUCUUGGUGUAUUUGGCCAGAGCAUACUUCAAAUGUGGUAAACUAAAGGAAUGCAAGCAGACUCUACUCAAG